GACAGACAGACAGAGACAAACAGAGACAGAGAUAGAGAUGAAUGGUGGAGAUAGGAUCAGGGAUCCGUGGAGCAAGGCGGAGGACGAGACGCUGAUGAGACUGGUGGAUCAACACGGGCCCUGCAACUGGGCCGCCAUAAGCGCCGGCAUCCCGGGCCGGACCGGGAAAUCGUGCCGCCUGCGGUGGAUCAAUCAGCUCAGCCCUGAAGUGGAGCACCGGCCUUUCUCCCCGGCCGAGGACGCCGUCAUCCUUGAGGCCCACCGAGUCUACGGGAACCGCUGGGCCACCAUUGCGAAACAACUGCCCGGCCGCACCGACAACGCCGUUAAGAACCACUGGAACUCGAGCCUCCGCCGCAAUGCCGAGACCGAGUCGAGCGCAGCGACUUUCGAGUCGGACGCCGCGGUGAAGCGGAGGAAGGUAAGGGCGGUGGAGGGACCGGAGACGUCGCUGACGCUGUGGCCGCCAGGGGAGAGCGUGGCAGCGGCGGCAGGCGGUGAGAAGGUGGUGGAAAAGGGAGGGAUGAUGAAGAGAGGUGGUGAGAUGAAGGAGAGAUCAACGGUGGGGGAUCGUCGGGUGCUGAUGAACGUCAUGCGGCGCAUGAUAGCGGAGGAGGUUAGGAAAUACGUUGAUAGUGUAUUGGUCUCGGAUCGUAAAAAUUAGGUCAUCUGUGACGUGAACUCAUCUUUUUAGUAGGAGUUUUUUUA